AUGUUAGACCAAGCGCGUGAGGAGCUAGUCUACACACUAUCAAAUGAAAGAGAAAACUUCUUCUGGGAGGGGUCAGCGUCUGACUUGGAUGGCGAGGAGGAAGAAGACAAGAAGAAGGCAAAGGAGAAGACGAGGCUGCUUUCGGGCUCAAGAGUGAGGCAGACGUAUCCUAGGCUGAGGGUGAGGAUGAGGUUGCAGACUAUCGUCUUCCCUAUCCGCGAAAAUCCGCCCCUCGGAAAAGCACUAGCCCCGAACUCGCUACUCUCGAUGCCAGCGAAGCCGCUGCGGAAUGCAAAGACGAAGAUAGAGAGAUUGACAGCUAUAAAGACGAGGAAGACGACCUCCCCAUUGCAGACAACGAAGGCCUGA